UAUACUCGACCGUUUGGAAGGCCCAAGAUUAGUAAGGAGAAAACGAAAGAGAACGAGUCAAUGGGAACUCGCUGCGUUCAACUUGAAACGUAACUUUGCGCUCGCUCUCAGUUCGUCAAAUCGGGUUCUUCCUCAUUAUUCUUUUUGCCACUGCUAUCAGAAAUUCAAAUUCAUCGCGUAUGGAAUCUGUGGAAAACGACGAGGAGCAGUGCAUCGGUUCACUUCACAAAAAUAAAAAGAAACAGAGUUCUAGCAGCAAAGCUGUUCCGAAAUCUCAGCAAAACAAUACUGCGAAAGGGACCUUCAAUGUGAAGGUGGAAGUUCCCGAGGAACCCAAUCGUAAACGGAGCUCGAACAAGAUUUCUGAUUGUAAAGCUAAACCCAUGAAACAAGAGGCUGUUGACGAUUUUCAAGUGUGCAAAUCCAAAGCCGCGGUUAAAAAAACUGAAAAGUUGCAGAAAAAGAUGAAGGAUGUAGAACAAGAGGACGAGGACGAUUCAAAAGAUUGUAAAUCAAAAAAUGCCGCUAAUAAAACAGAAAAGGAAAAGGUGAAGAAAGAGGAGGAAGAUCUGCAGAUUAUUACUGGAAAGAAAAAAGAGAAGAAGGUUUAUGAUUUGCCUGGACAGAAGAGGGAUCCUCCAGGGGAAGGUGACCCAUUAAGGAUUUUCUAUGAAUCGCUAUACAAACAAUUGCCAGAAAGUGACAUGGCUACAAUCUGGAUGAUGGAGUCGGGUUUGCUACCAAAGGAGAAGGCGGCUCAAGUUUUUGAGAAGAGACAAAAGAAGUCAAUAAAAUUUAGUUCCCCCAUGAAAGCAGUUGGCGGCAGUGUAAAGAGGGAAAGUGAUUGUGUCAACACCAAGGAAAAGAAGAAGAGGAAUAGGCCUUCCCCAGCCGCUUCACAGAGAAAGCGAACUGCCCCAUCAAAAAUGUCAAAUAAGAAUAAUAAAAAUAAACGCAUGAAGGAUGAUGAUGAUGCCGGACUAUCAGACGCGGACGACGACGACGACUUUGUUGCUGCUCCAAGGAAGAAACGGAAGACAUCUUCAUAGUUUGUGGUGGUAUCUGAUAGGGCAUUACAAAGUUAAUCUAAUUUGGGGGCUUGCCUUAUCGCUCGUAAGUCGUAACUAUUACACCUUUUUCUAACUAUUAAAGCUGGAUUAUUUUUAUCAUCAUCAUCAUUUCUCUCUUUUUAUUAGCCAAAUUUGACUUUUUAAAUCAAUGAUGUUAAAUUUGACUGAUUAUAUAUUUACAAACUCACGUGUUGCACGGGUUGUAACAUCCAUCAUAAAAGUAGAUUAUAAAGCAUUUACAAAUCAUAUUAGAAGUUUAA